AUGGCAUCAUCAACCACGACAAUGACUCAAAGCAGUCGACCCCCCAAGUUGCCCAAGGAUUUCUCUGCGCAGCAGCCAGAAACAAUCCGUCUCUACCCUCUAUCCAAUUACACAUUUGGCACCAAGGAGACCCAGCCAGAGGAAGACCCAUCAGUUCUCGCUCGCCUCAAACGCUUAGAAGAGCACUAUGAUCUCCAUGGCAUGCGCCGUACCUGCGAGGGUAUUCUCGUCUGCCAUGAACAUAACCACCCGCACGUCCUGAUGUUGCAGAUUGCUAACGCAUUCUUCAAGCUACCGGGUGAUUAUCUGCACCACGAUGACGAGGAAAUUGACGGUUUCAAAAAGCGAUUGAAUGAGAGACUCGCGCCGGUUGGAACCCAAUUCACCGGUGAAGGCGUCAAUGAGGAUUGGGACAUUGGCGACACACUAGCUCAGUGGUGGCGCCCCAACUUUGAGACCUUUAUGUACCCUUUUCUCCCCGGACACGUCACUCGCCCUAAGGAGUGCAAGAAGCUGUACUUGAUUCAGCUUCCCAAAAAGAGUACGCGCUCACCCAAUUAUCCUGAAAUCCGGAGGAAUCUUCUUUUUCUCCAGUGUAUUGACCAUUUUCUAACGUAUAUCUCUUCUCUAGAGGUCCUAUCUGUGCCCAAGAACAUGAAGCUUCUCGCCGUUCCUCUUUUCGAAUUGUAUGACAACACUGCCCGCUAUGGCCCGCAGCUUUCCGCUAUCCCUCACCUUCUGUCACGAUACAACUUUGAAUUUGUUGACGAGAACAACAAUGUCGUCGCCAUGACCCCGGGUGCACACGCAAACCUCCAGACUAAGGUCCUCGCUGGCGGCGACGAUGGACAGGACACCGGUAUGACCGAUGUCGAGGGAGGAAAGGAUUGA